CGCCGCCUUCUGCUGGCUCGCCUCGUCCUGCCCUCCGCCCCUUUGCCUCGCUCCAGGACAGGAUCCCCGGCUCGUGGGCAGGAAAGAUCACCUGUCGCUUUUCAUCGGGGAGGGAGAUCUAAGCAGGCGCGGGGGAGGGGACGGAAAGGAGAGGAGAGGAGAGGACCGAGGGGCCGCCGGAGGGGAUCUAGGAUUGCUCAGCCAACCUCCGCCGAUCUCUGGGACUGUGGCAGCGACGGAGGCGAUUCCCGGGGAAUGAAAUUCAGCCGAGCAGCUGGGAUUUAGAGGAGACGGCGGAGUUUGGGCUGGAAACAGAGAGCCUAGAAUAGAUGUGUGAUUAUUAUUCGAGAUUCGGGUCCCCCCCAGCGAGCAAUUGGCACAACUUCGAGAGGGGGUUUUCCGCCGCCGCCGCUCUGCUCGCGCCUCCCGCCUUUGCUCGCCCUCUCGCCUCCGGCUCCUUCAGUUUCGGUUUAUGGACCGCUCGCCCCAUCUGGAUAUUGAAGAGCUCAAGAUGACACGGGAACAGUAUAUACUAGCAACACAGCAAAACAGUCUGCCAAGAACAGAAAAUCCUCAACUUUAUCCAGUAGGGAUUUAUGGCUGGCGAAAGAGGUGCUUAUACUUCUUUGUCCUCUUGCUAUUGGUUACCAUGAUCGUUAAUUUAGCCAUGACAAUAUGGAUCCUGAAAGUAAUGAAUUUCACAGUGGAUGGAAUGGGAAAUCUCAGAGUCACCAAAAAAGGAAUUCGACUUGAAGGGAUAUCUGAAUUUCUACUUCCAUUGUACGUGAAAGAAAUCCAUUCCCGAAAGGACAGUCCACUGGUCCUACAGUCAGAUAGGAAUGUUACCAUGAAUGCAAGAAAUCAUAUGGGACACAUAACAGGACAGCUGACUGUAGGUGCUGAAAGUGUAGAAGCCCAGUGUAAAAGAUUUGAAGUUAGCUCAAGUGAAGAUGGUAGAGUGCUUUUCUCUGCUGAUGAAGAAGAGAUUGUCAUUGGAGCAGACAGACUGAAGGUCACUGGCACAGAAGGGGCUGUAUUUGAGCAUUCUGUGGAAACCCCCCAUAUCAGAGCUGAACCUUCUCAAGACCUCAAGCUUGAAUCGCCUACAAGAUCUUUGAUAAUGGAAGCUCCAAAGGGAAUACAAGUGAGUGCAGCUGCAGGGGACUUGAAAGCCACUUGUAGAAAAGAGCUACAUUUGCAGUCUACAGAAGGGGAGAUAUUUUUAAAUGCAGACUCAAUCCGGCUAGGUAAUCUACCGCUGGGAUCUUUCCCCUCAUCCUCCUCACCAAGUUCAUCGGCAACAAGACAGACUAUCUAUGAAAUCUGUGUUUGUCCCAAUGGCAAACUCUACCUAUCCCCUGCAGGAGUAGGAUCCACAUGUCAGUCCAGUGGCAACAUCUGCUUGUGGAGCUGAAGAUACCAGAAUCCUUCUCUUCCUCCUCUUUCUCCUCCUCCUCCUCCUCACACCAGAAUAGCCUUUUUGUUACUGUCCCUCUGCUUCACGGUUCUGCUUGAUUUCCCUUGUUUGAUCAUGAAGCUCUACGCGGCCUCCUGGAUCUCUUCCAGCCCAAGCAAGGAGCCAAAGAGAGCCUUCUCUUCUGGCUUAUGGAGCUCCAUGAUGGAAGAUAGAAGGCCUAAUAAAAUGGUUGUCUUCACCAGGGAA